GCAAAGGUGCCUACGUUCUGUUCUUCGCCAGGUCAAUACCUUGAUGGAGCGCAAUGGCCGUUCAUCUGCCAUUGGGUAUGACGCUUGCACUAAGCUCUAUUCACCAGGCCAAUUUGCACAUCCAUGGAUAGUUUCUGAUAUUUCUUCCUCAAGAAUUGGAAAGCCUUCCUAUCAAUAUUUGCAACAUUUGCAAAUUUCCAGUUCGAGGAAACUGUUUGCGGAAGAAGAUGCAAACAUUGUACCUAUUUCAUCCCCUUUGACACCUCUUAUGGGGGAUCCUAUGAAGACUGGAAAAAAGGAUGCACUAUCAAAACCAUUGAGGGUUCAAGCUAUUAAGAAAGAUAUAAGACAGAGUCCCAAGAAGGUUAAUCUGGUUGCUAAACUAGUACGUGGAAUGCGUGUUGAAGAUGCUCUGUUGCAACUGCAAGUAACUGUCAAACGAGCUGCAAAGACCGUCUAUCAGGUGAUACAUUGAGCCCGAGCUAAUGCAGCUCAUAAUCAUGGACUGAACCCAGAUCGUCUUCUUGUUGACGAAGCCUUCGUUGGGAAGGGUGUGCAUCUGAAGCGGAUAUCCUACCAUGCCAAAGGGAGGAGUGGGAUCAUGGUGAGACCCAAAUGUCGCCUGACGGUGGUGGUGAGAGAAACCACCCCAGAAGAGGAGGCGAAGAUCGCCAAGCUGCGGGUCAGCAACUUUAAGAAGCUGACGAGGCGGGAGAGGCAGCUCUUCCCUCAUCAGCUCAUCGAGACCACUCCCAGGUGGGGCAGAAAGCGGGAAAAGGCUGCACCGGUGUAAUGUUUCCUUCUCUGCACGGUGCUCAGGAAAGAGAUUGGAUUCAUCUGCUUUAUAGUUGAGGUCCAUCUCAAAAAACACAUCUGCAAGUAACUAGGAGCUGCCGAAGAAUAAAUGUUGAAGUCUUUCGCUGCUUGAGUUGGGACAGUAAAAGUGCAAAGCACACAUGACUUGAUGUAAACAUGCCAAGGAUGUUUGUGAGUAUUUAACUCGUUUGUUCUUUUCAGAUUAGAGGGCGGAGUUGGUACUAUUCAUCAUCUACCUCCGCUCCUCUCUAUUCACAUCUUCUAUAA